GGCCGCCGUCAUCGUUUCGCGCGUCGCCGUGCCGUCGUCACCACAGUCGUUGUCCGCCGUCGUCGUACGCACAUUCUCGUACGCACCGCCGUGCCGUCGUCACCGUCUGCUUGCCUGUCGCUCGCCCGCGGGUUAAUCGCCACGCCGUAUUUAUAAUAAUAUUAUCACUCGGACAAUGUCGCCGGUACGCCGUUGACGAGUUACCGCCAAAACUGGACAAAAGUCGUAAUAUCCGCGUUCCGACAUAACAACAUUCACCGUAAGACAAAUCUUUCGAUAUUUUUAUCGUCUUCUCGAGACGCGUGCGAUACACAAGUUAGCCGGUGAUAAUAAUAUUUUGUCGUCGUCGUCGUUAUUAUUCGCGUCCGGCGGAAAACCACACGAUUAUGACGCGAAACCGCUUGUCGUCGUCGUGGCCUUCCACGCAGCUACUGGCCUUGGUUCUACUCGUCGCCGUCGUUACAGACGCCACGGCUAAAGAACCUUCGCUGAUCAUCCGACCGACACAACCGAAACAGGUUAAACCGAUUGGCUCGUCUUUGAUAUUGAACUGCCAGCCCGACGUCGAACAACCUGAACUCAUAAAGUAUCUCAAAUGGCUAGAUCCGCAGAACAGGACUAUCGAUCAGACCUCGACCGCCGGAGCGCACGUGACCACUACGUUUACUUCCAGCAACAAUUUGGGGCUGGUGAUAACUGGACUCACCGAAGCUGAUGUGGGCACGUACACGUGCACCGCCACUUAUUCCAAUUCUGAAUAUCUGGUCCGCAGUGUGAUCGUCGACAGUUUCUACGACAUCACGUGGGUGGACGCUCCUACCGAACAAUAUCCGAUAGCUGGAACUAGUUACAAAGUGCGCUGCAAAGUCAAGGCCAAUCCCGCGCCACUGGUCGACUGGUACAAGGAAGACACCAGGAUUCAAGACGGCAACGGAUUCGUCAAGGACAUCGACGGUCUGCUGAUCCAAAAUGUCACCGCCGAAGACGACGGUUUGUACAAGUGCCGUGCCAUCGUCUUGGACACGGGUAACAUCCUGGACCGGGACAUCAGAGUGGAGGUUCACAUCCCGCCGACGUUUGCACCCGACCAAGUUUCCCAGCUGGAAGUGGUCGAGGGCGAGAUGGCCAGCGUGCGGUGCGCGGCCAACGGUAAACCGGAACCCAGGGUGACGUGGAUACACAUGCCGGACCAGCGGGACUUGAGCGAGGGAACCGAGAGGUACUCCGUGAACAAGCUGACGGGCGUGUUGAGCCUGAACCGCAUCAGCCGCACCGACAACGGUCAGUUCAAGUGCGUGGCCAGCAACGCGGCCGGUCAGAUCGAGCGGUUGGUCAACGUGGUCGUGCUCAUCAAGCCCGAGGUGCUGGACGUGACCAACGUGUCAGUACCCAUCAACACCGAGGCCAGAGUCAAGUGCUCUGCAAACGGCAACCCUCUGCCGUCGAUCAUGUUCAGGAGAGUGGGAACGAACGUCGUCAUAAAAUCGGGAAUCGAAGAUUAUCGCAUUAGCGUGGAGCACGACACCGUGGGGGACUUGGCAAUGGCCACUCUUGUGAUUAAACACCUGAACCGAUCCGACGACGGACUGUACACGUGCAUCGCGUCGAACAAGGGCGGCGAAGGGACGAAAAACGGUCAUCUGACCGUCGAGUUCCCGCCAGUGUACGCCAGCAACAUGGUUAAGGAGGUGUGGACGUGGAACCGGAUGCCUGUGAACCUGUCGUGCGUGUCCGAAUCGCUGCCGAACGCUUCCAUCACGUGGCUUCUGAACAACCGUAUAGUGGAGGACGACAUCAAUGUGCAAAAGUUCGGAAAGGGCCCUUACAGCAACCUGCUGGUGACACCGGUCGAUCAGCGCUACUACGGCGUGUACUCGUGCCUGACCAAAAACAUUCACGGCGAGAACAACGCUCAAAUCACUCUCCGGGAGGCGCAUCGGCCGUCCAAAGUGUCUCAGACCAAGUUUGACGUCAUCACCGCUACGACGAUUUCGUUUGGUUUCGUGGGUCCGACAGACACGGGUGGUAUCAGAGUCAAAGCCUAUGCCGUCCAGUACAAGGAGGUAAAACAGUCGUGGGAUGAAGGUCGCAACAAAUCUUGGCCAGUGGACACGCCUUACAUACUGGAAAACCUGGAAGCGCACAGGACCUAUAUGUUCAGGUUCGCCGCCAUCAACGACGUGGGUACCAGCGACUGGAAUUCUCCGGAACAGCGUACCAUGCCCAAAAGAAGCGCUCCUGAGGAACCAAAAAUAUUGGUUAACAAGGACGUGUACACCGAUGAUUACAUCAACUCGCCGUACGGCAACAGCUACGAAGUGAACUGGAAGAUACCGGCCGACAACGGGGAGCCCAUAAACCUGUACAACGUUCGUUAUUGCGUAGCCGACAAGGUAAACACGAUGUGGGUAACCAGAACAGAAUCGUGCCGGAGCGAGGACCUCAAGUCUCCGGACAAGACAGCGUUUUUGAUGGACAAUCUAAACGCUGACACGUUUUACAGAGUGGAAGUCAGAGCCCACAACGAAAUUGGAUUUAGCGUACAGUCAGAACUCGUCUUCAAGACUGCGACCGAGCAAACCGCAAAGGUGGCCGUCAUCAACGCGGCGGCGACCGUUAACCGAUUGGCCGUACGCGAUUGUAUUGUCGCCUUGUCGGCAUUGAGCUUAGCUGCUUCCUUUGGCGGCAACCGCUGGUGGUUACGCUAAAAAACUCGUGCGAAACGUUUUUAGCAUAAUAUUAUUAUUAUUAUGACGAUUAUGAUUAUUAUUAUUAACUUUUCCCGUUUGACUUACAGUCGCUAUGUUUUUUGUUUCAUUUUUUUUUUUUUUUUUACAAUUAUUCCUCGUAAUUAAUAUUAAUUAGGCAUUAUAAUAAUAUACUGUAUUCACCUCUCUAUACUACGCGUGUACGCAGUCAUGUCUCGCGAACGAUAAUAAUAUCAUUAACAGUUUAUUUUUCUCACCGACAAAAUAUUAUUAUUUGCCUGAAAUAAUAAUACAUUAAUUAUUAUAAUAUUAUUGUAAAAUGACUGCUAAAAUCGAAACGUUUGAUAACGGUUAGUGUGUAUAAUAAUAUUAUAUAUGUUUUUUGCGUGCAGUACCUACGCAGCUGUUGCACGUGAUAAGGUAUAUAUAGUAUCAUAUUAUUAUUGUGUAGAUUUUUAAGCCUUGUACUUGUCUAAUAUUAUAUAUAUAUAUAAUUGUUGUGAUAAAAUCAUAUAAAUGUUUGUAAUGUAUAUGUGUGUAUGAACGACUACGAAUCUCAGGACGAUAUAUCCUAUAUAGGUGUUUUAUUUUACUCAGCAGUCUGUCUCUCUAUACAUUCGUUUCCCGCGGUGACAUUUUUAUUUUUUAUUUUCAUAUACUAUGUUGGCAAGAAGAGAGGUCAUCGCUUUUAUAAUAAUAAUUUGUCUCAAUUUCAAAAUAUAUUACUGCCCAGUAUCGCGUUUUGUCAAAAUAAGUCUUUCAACGGCGUACCUGAUGGCGACCAUAGAGCAGCAUCGCAUUAAAAUAUUCGAUAACUUAGUUGACGUUCGAUUGAUUUGCGUCCAUGUGCAGUUCGGUCAGCGAUUACUCAUAUUUUGUCUAUACUGGAAAUUAUAACAUUAUUAAAUACAGUUUAAUAUUACAGUACGACGGAAUCGGCCAUAGUAUACAAUAUUAUUCGCUAAUACUUCACUAUCGUCUCACCUGUGAAUUUAACCUCCCCGUCGAUAUCCAUUUACGCCACUCCUAAUAUGUCGUUGCGCCGAUACCAUGGUAUCGAAUUGGUUUCCGACCUGGAGUACUAUUAUACCCAUAUAUAAUUUCCGACAUAAUAUUAUAUGUUUUUUUUUAUACCAUACGUUUUCCCUGCAUUACCGCCGUCCUAGUGAUAAUAUAAUAAUAUUAUAAAUUAUAUUAACACCAUCGUAUGUGUAAAUAUUAUCCACGCUUCAUCACAUAUAAAUAAUAUUAUAAUAUAAUAGCAGUUUAUACCGAGAUACGAAUAAUAUUCUUAUUCGUUUAAAUAUUAUUACCAUGGUAUACCUACCUAAUAAUAUCAUACUAUAGUGUAGGUAUAUAGCGAGUAGAAGUCAUACAUAUUAUACAUAAACUAUAUUUUUAUUUUAUAAUUUUUUUUUUUUGAAUAUAGGAUAAAAAACAAAUCUUAGGAUUUAAGUUAUACUCACUUUUUUUUAAUAGUCGCCUGUUUUAAAUAAACGAUUUAGAUAUUAUGAUAUUAUAUUAUUAUUCUGUAUAAUUUGUCACCGAUUUUAUUAAUGUACCUACCAUUAUUGAUAUUAUGAUAACUAUUAUUAUUAUAUAUUAUAAUA